AUGAAAUACUACGACGAGCUCGAAAUCGAAUGGCAAGACGUCGAGACACAGCUCCGAAAAUGGGGCAACUUGCUUCGCUUUGGAAAGCGAUUGGUAGUCAAGGUGUCGUUCAAGUUGGUCAAUACAAGCAGUUCGGCUGCCAAGAGGGGAGCGAAACGAGGACGUCAGUCGGCAACAACAGCGAUGCUCGCAGAGAAUGCUCUCCAGCUCGACGUAGAGGAGCAUUCGACAGACCAGGGCUCCAUCUGGCGCCACGUUUACGCUCUGAUGCGAUGUCCUGGACCGCCACGUAAGUUGGGCCCUCACUGCUGGCGCAAGCCUGGUACGUCGAAACGCUACAAGAUGAAGUCAUUCUACAUGAGGCGACUGGCCGAGCCCGUACAGAAUGGUCAUAAAUUGGAAAGUCAAGCAGACGUGCCUCAAGAAAUACAGCGAUGGCUCGAGUAUUGA